AACUGAACUCUUUCUUUGUGCCUAUGUCCAUUGCAGUGACAAAAGGUGCAUUCCAAUUUACACUACAAAUGCUUUGAGACACUCUUUUGGACACUCGAUUGGGCAUUCAUAAAAUUCUUUCUUCUGAUUAGUCAGAAAUAUUUGCACCGUUAAGUAAAUCGCACCAGUGAAGUAAGAACAGGUUUCUUGUGUUUCUUUGUAACAUAACCUUUUUCGUUCAACUGCACGUGUGAAAGAUGGCUAAAUCUCUACGCAGUAAAUGGAAAAGAAAAUGCAGAGCGGUCAAGAGAGAACGUUAUGCAGUAAAAGAAUUAGAUAGAUUAAAGAAGACUCUUGGUAUUGAUGAUGAUAAUGUAUCUAAGGAUAUCGAAAUGACAGAAAUUACUGAAAUUGCAACAGUUGUCGACGCUAAGAAAAUAAAAGAAGAUGUAAAGGCUAAACAAGUUAAGGAUGCAAAGUCUACGACUGUGAUAGGUGAAGAACAGAUGGAAAUAGAAAGUACUAGAAUAUAUAAUAAGAAAACAUUGCGGGAUCAAUAUGGCAAUUAUCCUGUGUGGAUGAACCACAGAAAAAUAAUCAAGCAUAAGAAAGGCAGAGCAAGAACGAAGAAAACAAGCAAAAUAGGCAAGAGGCUUACUAGACGACAGAAGAAAGUGAUUCAGAAAGAUAAAUAA